AUAACGCCCGGUGAGCCAUCGAUCAGUCGAUAUGAUCGCCUGCACUCUGUCGUACAGACUUCAAUAAUUAAGCAUCUAUCGUCUUAUCGGCGGCGAUUUGGAUCGUAAAUGGAUAUUGUUGAUACGGAUUAAAACUGUCAAAAUACUAGAAUUAAUUAGACGUCCGAGUAGUGUAGUGAUUCUUGCUUUGGUGGUUGGUGUAUCAUGAAAAUGAUGGGUGACGGCGAAGCGGGCUACGGGGACUACUACAAUUACUAUGACAAUAGCUGGUCCAUCAUCCCGCCCGACUACGGCGCCGAUCCGAGCUGCCAGUACAGGCAAUCGCAAGAAGAAGACUAUCGUUACGGCACUUACGCGUUACUAGACAGUAUGAAGAUGCCGGGACAGCGGCCCGGCUUCCAAAUCUCUGACAUCCUUGGCCUGAACGAAGCUAAAGGGCUGGAUGCACCGCCGCAAGGGGGUUUAAACCCCCUUGAGCUACCUCCUUAUGCGCCGCAACAUCAUAGCUAUUCGCAGGAUUUGUUAAGGCACCAUCAACCUUGGCUGUCGUUGGACCAACACGAUGGUACCGGUGUCCUCGGCCAACAAGUCAGUCCGGACAGCACGUCCAGAGCUUCCGAUUUAUCUUACGCAGUGGGACCUUCCGCUUCGUCACCCACCGUAGUCGACCCCCGCCACGACCAGGAGCACGACCACGAGCACGACGUGCACGACCACAGCCUCGACCACGACGACGACAUCGACCACGACCAGCCCCCGAACACCGCCGAUAACGUCCUUUCACAUAAAAAACGCAAACGGCGCGUCCUGUUCUCCAAAGCACAAACCUACGAACUAGAAAGGCGAUUCAGACAACAAAGGUACUUAUCCGCUCCUGAAAGAGAACAUCUAGCAAGCUUAAUACGUUUAACACCCACACAAGUGAAGAUAUGGUUCCAAAACCACAGAUACAAAACGAAACGCGCCGUUCAAGAAAAGGGCGCUCAUGACCUGAAUAUGGGCGGAAUAAAAUCACCGCGCCGCGUUGUAGUUCCUGUGUUGGUGAAGGAUGGUAGGCCGUGCAUCGGCAAACCAGACGGAUUACCACCGCUCGGAAUGGGCCUACCACCCUACCAACCGAUGCAUCAUCAACCGCCCGUUACGGGACACGGUCCUCAGCCAAAUGGAUGUUGGUGGUGAAAAAAUAGGUUAUCUAGAGUUUAAUGUGGUUACCUAGUCGAUGUAGCUGAAGUUUGCAAUAUUUAUUGAAACAAUAAUUUAUAUUAAUUAUUUUUCAAUGCCAAUAUUUUGUUAUCUAAAGCUAAAAGAAAUUGAUGGCACGAUAUUUCUGCUAUCAAUCAAGCAAUCAAUUUCUUUGCGUCCACUGCUGGACAUCCUCCGCCUUCCUCAAUUCCUCAUCUAGCACAAUCCACUACCUUUUUAGUCGUCAAUCCAACGGGAUGGGGAUUAUCCCACAGUGCACAUGCUGGUACGCGGGCUCCACUUCAGAACACGACAGACAUGGCCUGCCCACUGCCACUUCAGCUUGAGCUACGUCGGUUACUUUGAUUCCUCUGUAGAUUUCCUCGUUAUGACCCCACAGAGAGACAUCCAACUGCAUAGCCCGCUCCAUAGUACGCUGAGUGGCUUUAAACUUGUGACCAACUAUCAGGCUAUUUCUGCUAUAGUAUUGAGUUUUUUUAUAUUCCGUGAACGUAUAAAAUCAUAAAGAUUUCCUAUUAUAGGUACAUUUUAUCCGUGGAGAUCCAGUGUGUGCCAACGCUAUGCUUAUCUAUCUGACGCAUGCAAUCGGUUUAUACAGCAAACUGAUAAGUAUGAAGGUAACAUAGAAACAGAAUAUUGGCAUUGGUCUGGUUAAAUGAUUUUGCAAGCUUAACGUAUUAAGUAGCUAUAUUUAUUUUAUUUUCGGAAUAUUUUCGAAAGACCAAACAAUACUAUGUGGAUCAGUUGACAACUCGAAUACUAUAAAGCAUUACUAGAUACAUUGUUAAAUGGUACAUUAAUUGAGGUGUUGGUUCCUAUUUUUUUUUAUAAUAUUCGGAAUAUUGAUAGGAGAGGAUAAAUUACCGUGAGCUUGCAUUUACGUAACAUUUACAUAAAAUUACGCUGAAAACUGUAUAAACUGCGAAGGAAUUGUCAUAUAAUUUGUUAAAGAGGAACUUGUUUUAACAACAGGAAUUAUUCACAGCCUUUUCACAGCCUUCUUGAAAUCUGUCAAAGAAUUUAUGCGUGCGAACGCAAAGUCAACAAAUCAGGUUAUGAAAUUCGUUACAAAUGCCCAUGACGAUCUGUUAAACAUUCACAUGUUAUGUUUUUUGGCAAAUUACUAUCAAUCAAUACCUACAUUCCAAUGUUUCAAUCCAUUGUUUAAUUUAAAAAAAAUUGCACUCAGACACAUGACAAACUUACAAAAAUCCAAAACACGUAUUUUUCUAGACUGUUUCGAGACAAGUUUGCAGGUAGUUGCCAUGUACAUAAAGGUUAGGGACUAGGGUACAUACCUUUCAAUAUAAUGGACCUUGUCAGAUGCUACUUCUUAUAAUUAUAAAAUUAGUCCUAAAAACAUUCCAAUAUAACAUUCCUUUGUAUAUUAAUGUAAAAAGAAAGUAUUAAGUACGAUCUACCUGAGAUAUCAUUAUGAAAGUUGAUCAGAUUUUAUUAGAUUGCAAUAUUUAGUUGUAAGGCUCAGUAUUAUCAUAGUCGAAUAUUUCUAGCGAAUAGUUUAUAUUUUAUGUAUAUUCCAAAAUAUAUUUAUAAAAAUGUAGUUUAAAAAUUGUGUAGAUUAGAAACUGUAUAUUUUGUAUAUAAUUGAUAUCAGGGCGCUUUACAAAGAGCAGAAUUACAAACUACCUACCUUGCAGUUUUGUACAUCUAUAGUACCUACUAGUUACUUUUAGGGGACCUUCUUUGUAUAACCACUUUUUAAUAUUCCGCUAAAGUGUGUUUGAAAAGAACCAAAAGUGUAUUCAUUUCUAAGUAAAUAUCUACCUACUACCUACCUAUUUCUAAAAUAAUGUUAAAUUUGUAAAAAACUAUUUAAAAUAUAAAUUAUUAUGUGAAUAUUAAAUUG